CGGGGCGGGGCGCGGGCUCCUGGGAUGGCGCGAUUGCGGGCCUGUUCUCACGUCGCGUUCCCUCCAGCGUAGUCUAGCUAGGCUCCUGCUCUGGCAACCGACUGAUGAUGGGGCCUCUGGGCGCCCGGCGCGGCCUGGAGUGGCUGCUGGGCCUCUACUUCCUCUCCCACAUCCCCAUCACCCUGCUCGUGGACCUGCAGGCGGUGCUUCCGCGCGAUCUCUACCCCGUGGAGCUGAGAAACCUGCGGCAGUGGUAUACUGAGGAGUUCAAAGACCCCCUGCUACAGAACCCCCCGGUGUGGUUUAAGUCCUUCCUGUUUUGCGAGCUUGUGUUUCAGCUGCCUUUCUUUCCUGUCGCAACAUAUGCCUUCUUCAAAGGAGGCUGCAGGUGGAUCCGCACCCCUGCAAUCAUCUACUCGGUUCAAACGAUGACAACUCUGAUUCCAAUCCUCUCCACAUUUCUACUCGAGGAUUUCUCCAAAGCCAGUUGUUUCAGAGGACAAGGACCUAAGACUUUCCACGAACGACUACUCCUUAUAUCGCUCUACAUGCCCUACUUUCUCAUCCCUCUUAUACUUCUGCUUUUCAUGUUGCACAACCCCUACUACAAGCCUGAGGAGAAAAGAAAGAAAAAAUGAGGAAAAAUCACCCCGGGUCCAGGGGAGAGGUGACCACAGGGCAGUUUCCUGUUGGACCCAGUACCAGGAAAAUGCUCAGAACCCAUGUUUUCAGUAGUAUUUGAAACACACCAGCAGCAACACACAAGGCCAAGGCACUGGCAGGAGGCACAUCAAGCCCUCAUCUUCCAAGGGCACUGGCAUAAACAGACCGAUCACCUGAGGAUGAGCAGAGGGGUGUGGGCUAGGUUAUAGGGAAGUGGUGCCAAAGGCCCCACUGUGUGCCCAAGUGCCAUUGUAGGAUUACUAAAGGCAGGACCAGACCAGACACCAGAUAAACUUCCAAGCAACAUGGCCUACUUGGCAUGUUCAUGAGUCAUUUGAUCCACAGUAUACAUGUGACUAACCCUUUGACUCAUGACUCUACAGCGUGUCACUGGGGUGCCUCUGUGAUGUUCAUUAAAAACUCUUUUCUUGUCCCCACACCUAGGUGGGGGUGAGCUAUUCUGUAAGAGGGUUAAACUUAGUUUUCCUUAAACGUUCAACCUUGGCAUGACCUUCAGUCAGAAAUGGGUCAAAUUGGAAGGUGUAUUGUUUCUGUCUUAAACAGGUUGUCCCAGGAGAAGAGAUUUUUUAAAGUCUCCUUGUUUAUCCUCUUUCCAAGCCUCAGUCUUCUAUUACUUUUUACAGACCACCUAACAUAAGUUCCUUUGACAUCUGUUGUCUCAAACCUGCGCUGGAGGUGUCCCUCCUACUGGAUAACUUCGUCCUACCGAAUAGUUUAAUAAUUCCUUCCUGUCUCAUUCCCAGUCAAAGGCAACGGGUGGUGGGGAGCUGCGCAUGACAGGUCCAGCGUGUGCAUAUAGGGUCUCUUCACGUUAGUACUUGGUAUUCUGCUAGCUUUCUCUAAAUUCAUACUCGAGGCCAACUCAAAAACAAAAACAAAAAAACUUGUGAACACACAUGGAAAAUGGUAGAUGCUGGUUCUGGUUAGUUCCCCCUUUUUGCCUGUUUUGCUUACAAGCCCUCAUGGUCUGAUUGUUGGGAGUAUCGUCUGACUCUUGUGUCUGGUCAAAAUAAAGGUAGCUGCUGACCAC